AUGAGCGAUUCAAUUAAUUCGUCAGAUAAAGUAGCAGAAAAUGAUUUAUUAAAUAUGACCGAUAAUGUUAUUAAUGAAACAUCAGAACUUGCUACGGAAGUGUGUAAUGUGACAGAUCAGUGGUCUAUUGUUUACUUCGAAUCUGAUGAAGAAGAGAAUGUCGAAGGUUUCAGUGAUCUGAUUCCAUCUUCGUGGAUUACGAUGAUGGGAACACAUAGUUGGUAUCCAAUGAAUGAACAUAAAACAACAAUACAUAAAUUAGUAAAACAUUGUACAAAAGCAAAUCCAAAGUGGAAUUGCUUUUCUAUCAAGAAGACACAAGAAAGCAUUGGAAACUAUGAUCGUGGGAUGAAAAUGCUUGUAAAAAUUGAAAAAAAUCCUAAUGCUACACUAUAUUCAGAUGUUGAAGAAAAAGGGAAAGGAAAACGAUUGAAAAGACCCAUCAAGUAUAAUUGA